AUGAAAUCAACUUUAAACUUUAAGUACUUUUUAUCUAAUAAGGAGAUCGAUGAAAUUACAAGCGAUGAUGUUACAGUCUCUUUGACAAAGGUGCCCGCAGAUUUUUCACAACAGGUUUAAGUGGGAUUUCAAAUUAUUUUAGGACCAAAAGAAGCAUUUCAAAAUUUCCUUUUUAUUGAUUCUACAGAUGAUUAUAUACAACUUAUUGAAGAGGUAUAAAAUUCAUGGUUUUUAUCCCUAUUUACUGGAAUGGGAUAUCCUUAUACUGAUGCUGUGAGAUUAGAUAAAUAAUAUUGGUAUUAAGGAGCUUCCACUUAUGAGUAUAGUUUAAAGACUUGUAAAAUAUUCUCCUAAUGUUAGGGUACAGUGCUUUUACUCCUUGCUCUCAUUCUCAUGGAUUUCUUUGUCAUAUCAUAAAUACAAAGUUUUAUUCUUUAAAUUUGA